CCAUUUUUAUCGUGACCUUGAACUUAAACCGUAGGCAAUGGUAGACGUCCAACAAAUUGUCGUUGCAACAGGCUUUUCAGCUCUAACUCAUCCAUUUGCGUAUGCUAAAGUGCUAAUACAGCUUGGAUAUGAACCUAUCCCUCCGGUUAGAUCUAGAAGUCUAUUAGGAAAACCUGUAUAUUCCUACCCUAAUAUAUUCCGAUACAUGAAAUAUCUUGCACAUGAAGAGGGUUUUCUUGGCUUAUAUAGGGGAUUUUUACCAAGAGCUUCCUCAACUGUUCUUUCAAACAUCAUUACACAAUGUAUCAGCUCGACUCCCUGCUUCAAAAGGAAUACUGAUCGCCUAACUCUAGGAAAACAUGAAACUAAGGCUCAAAAUGACUCGUUUGUCAUUCUGAUCAAAGAUACAUCUAAAGAAAUGGUUGCAAGAUGCACAGGUGUUAUAAUCUCUUACCCCCUGCAAGUGAUAAUGAUUAGAUCCAUGGCACAGUUUGUUGGACAGGAAACUAUAUACAAUUCCAUUUUGAACGGAUUUAAUGAAAUUUACAAAAAUGAGGGUGUUGCUGGCUUCUUUGAGGGAUUGCUUUCCCGUCUUGCGGGUGAAGUUGCAACAUUAUGGGCUUGUAAUAUUAUUUCUCAUCUUGCUGUUAAAUAUUUGAUUUCUCAAACAGAGGACCCAGAAAAAUUAUCUAUCUUGAUAUCACCAAUCGCCAGUGUUCUGGUCACGAAUUGGACUUAUCCCUUUAUUUUAACAGCAAACAUAAUGGCAGUGAACAAUUCCGGCUUGGCUAUUACCAAACCACCCUUUGGACAAAGUUACGACUCUUGGAAAUCCUGUUGGCAACAUUUGACCGAAAUUGUAAGUUGAUUGUAAAAUAGCUCGAUGCUAAUGUUAUCAUACUUUCGUGGCUUUUAGAAUCGAUUGAAGAGAGGAGCUGGAAUGAUAAUGAGAACAUUUCCAAAUCUUGUCUGAAAGUACGUUUUACAAAGUAAUUCAACCUCGAUUCGAUCUUAGUUUGUUGUAGUUACUUGAUACAUUAUCAGAAUGAUUUGAUAAGUAACAAAUCUUUCCUUGCAGUAAAAUACAAUUUUUUUGAGGACAAUGAAAUAGUGUUUGUCUAAUAUACUUUGGGUAAAAAGAAUACGAUAUAAUACUUUCUACGAAAUGC